GUAGUUGAUAUAAAUGAGAGAAAUUAUAUUGGUCUCACGUCUACUUUGAUCUUAUAUUUUUUAACGUCUGAAACAGGGGAUAAUGCCUCUAAAAUAUAUAUAUUAAGAGGGAAUUAAAUUUGAUCAAAGUGCUAAAAACAAACAACCACAAAGUCGGGUGUUAAAAGGAAUCAAACAUAUUCUCAGUCUUGUUCAUAUUUUUCUUGGAUUCAACUCCAUCUUGUUGAGAUGGUAGAUGCCAUUAUGGGUUUUGUGGUGGGAAAGAUGGGUAACUAUCUCAUCGAAGAAGCGUCCAUUUUGAUGGGAAUCAAAGACGAACUAGAGGAGCUGAAGACAGAGUUGACCUGCAUCAGAGGCUAUCUAAAAGAUGUUGAAGCUCGAGAAAGAGACGAUGAAGUUUCAAAAGAAUGGACAAAACUGGUUUUAGACAUUGCUUAUGAUGUCGAAGACGUUCUGGACAGCUACAACCUGAAAGUCGAAAAAAGAUCACAAAGACAAGGGCUGAUGAGAUUGACCAAUAAAAUAGGAGAAAAGAUUGAUGCGUACAGCAUAGUUAGUGAUAUCAGAACCCUGAGGAGAAGAGUCUUGGAUGUUACUCGCAAGAGGGAGACUUAUGGCGUAGGCAACUUCAGUGAGCAUCGAACAGGAGAAAGUAGUUCAAGUUUGGAGAAGGUGAGGAAGCUUCGGCGAGCUCGAUCUGUUGAUCAGGAAGAGCUCGUCGUUGGUUUGGAAGAUGAAUUUAAGUUUCUUUUGGCAAAGCUUCUUGAUGAUGAUGAUGAUGAUGAUGAUGGGGAUCAGAAUAGAUAUAUGAUAUCCAUAUUUGGCAUGGGAGGUCUAGGAAAGACUGCUCUAGCCAGGAAGCUUUAUAACUCUGACAAAGUCAAGACAAGGUAUGCUUACCGCGCGUGGACCUCUGUUUCCCAAGAAUACAAGACUGGAGAGAUGCUUCUGAGAAUCAUAAGAUCUUUAGGAGUGUCUUCGGGGGAAGAGUUGGAAAAGAUCAAGAUUCUUGGGGAGGAGGAGUUAGAAGUUUACCUUCACGGUCUUCUACAAGGGAAAAGAUAUCUGCUGGUAGUAGAUGAUAUUUGGGAGAGAGAAGCGUGGGAGAGUCUGAAGAGAGCGCUGCCUAGCAACCAUAAAGGAAACAGAGUUAUCAUUACUACGCGUAUCAGAGAUGUUGCUGAAGGCGUGGACCAGAGAGUCUAUGCGCAUGAGCUAAGGUUCUUGACGUUUAAAGAAAGCUGGGAACUAUUCGAGCAGAGAGCAUUCAGGAAUAUGCAACGGGUCGAUGAAGAUCUUAAGAGAAUCGGCAAACAAAUGGUUAAGAAAUGCCGUGGAUUACCGCUAGCUAUAGUUGUUCUCGCUGGGCUUAUGUCUAGGAAGAGGCCAAACGAGUGGAAUGAGGUGUGUGCCAGUUUAUGGCGACGCCUAAAGGAUGACUCCAUUCACGUCUCCACUGUGUUUGAUCUAAGCUUCAAAGAGCUGCAUCACGAGUUAAAACUCUGCUUUCUCUACCUUAGCGUCUUCCCGGAGGACUAUGAGAUCGAGAUAGAGAAGUUGAUACACUUACUUGUAGCGGAAGGGUUUGUACAAGAAGAUGGAGAGAUGACGAUGGAAGAUGUGGCUGGGUACUAUCUCGAGGAGCUGAUAGACAGAAGCCUAGUGGAGGCAGUCAGAACAGAGAGAGGAAGAGCGAAGUCUUGUAGAGUUCAUGAUCUUCUGAGAGACGUGGCCCUCAAGAAAGCUAAAGAGGUAAACUUUGUACAUAUUUAUAACGACCAACAACAGUCUUGUACUACUUGUACAAGGGAAGUCGUUCAUCAUCAUAUUGACCCAUACACGUGCGUGACACGUGUGAACAAAAGGAUGCGAUCCUUCUUGUUCUUCGGAGAAAGAAACAGAACACUAUGGAGUUCUGUCAAACCCAUUACCUUGAAACUAGAGCUACUUCGAGUGCUUCAUCUCGAAGGGCUUCAGUUACGAGAUGUAAUCGGAGAGUUAAUCCACUUGAGAUACCUUGGGAUCACUGAUAGUUUCAACAGACGUUUGCCAGACUUUAUCUCCAGCUUGCGGUUUCUCCAGACACUCGAUGCGUCGAGAAAUGACUCCUUCAGGAAACUCACAGAUCUCCGUAGGCUCACAUCAGUGAGGCAUAUCAAGGGAAGAUUCGUUGGAGAUUUGCUAAUAGGAGACGCAGUUAACCUUCAAACGUUGACGUCUAUCUCCUCGUAUAGCUGGAUCAAACUGAAACACGAGUUGCUCAUAAAUCUUCGAGAGUUGGAGAUCUACGACUCCAUGUGGGUAAAUCAGACAAGCGUUCCUUUGGACUUGUCUUCCUUCUCUAAACUGACAAAACUUCGUGUCCUAACGCUUAAGGUGCCCACCUUCAAGUUAUCUUCGGAAACAGAAGAAGCAGUUAGAUUCCAAACCCUAGUCAAGUUGUCUCUGCGUUGCGACAUAAGGAAACUUCCCAAAGACAUGGAUUCUAUAUUUCCUAGUCUUGAGUCUCUAAGGCUUGUCGGUUUACAACUCGAGGAAGACCCAAUGCAUGCAUUAAAGAAACUUCAGAGACUGGAAGAUGUAAUCUUGGAUUCUUGUCAUUACUCAGGAGAAAAGAUGAGGAUCGGAGAACAAGGUUUUGGUCGGCUAAGGAAACUUGUGUUUUACAUCGAGGGAUUAGAUGAGUUACAGAUAGAAGACGAGGCUAUGCCCAGUUUAGUGGAGCUUAAACUGAGAACCAGAGGACGGCAAAUGAAGCUGAUGAUCCCAGAUCGUUUGCGGGCGGUUCUUGAUCCUCCAUAUAUCAAAUCUCCCCCCGAUUGUAGAGAGAUACUAAGAAUAUGUGAUUAAGUGAUCCAUUUGCAAAACUAAAGAUGGACUACAGAAUGUGGAACAAUAUAAUGGUUAUGUUGAUUUUAUCUUUGAAUUGUAUAUGUGUGUCGUUCUAAAGUUUGUGUGUGUGUGUGUGUGUGUGUGUGUUUAUGUACGAGAAGAGGUGUCUUGAUCAUUUGACAUACCAAAAUAUCCAAUAAA